AUGGGCAUCGGCACGUCGGGUCGUUCCAUGCCCUAUCCGUCGCCGGCCGUCACAACAGCAGUGCCGCCUCCCUAUCGCCCUGACUCUGGCAGCAGAAACCAGCGGCAAGUCGUCGGCGACGGGAAGGCCAAGGCUUUGCCUGAGAGAAUGCAAGACCCAAGGGAUGAUGAUUUCUCAGCGCCGAAGUUGCAUAAGAAGGUUGUCUACCGGCCACUGCCAUCAGGCCAGCUCAAGGGUGAACCUGAACUGCUGAGGAGAGAGGUUCCACAGUCAUCAGGCAUGGUCCAAAAGCCACCCAAAAGAAGCUUGAAGGUUGAACCUCACACGUCCCCUUCUGACAGAGGGACUCCAGAUUCCCUGCCGGAAUCUGGUCCUACCGAUGAAUACCGGGCGUUACGGAGGAAGUACCUGAUGCUGGAGGAAGAGAACUUUGCACUGGACAAAGAACUGAGCAUGGAAGAGGAAGAAAUGAAGGCCCUAGAGGAUGAAAAGCUUGCACUGCUUGAUCAGCUUGUUGUCUUGGAAGGUCUUGUCGAGCCAUCCCAGCUGCAGUCUCAGCGUAGGCCGUGA